CUAGCCACCUGAAGUAAGUUUAAUGCAGGUUCUAAAUUGUAUUGUUUGAAUGUUAUAACAGCACGUCAAAAGCACUUGUUAAAAGCUUAUUUCACCAAUUCACUUCCCACCCUCUUUUUUAAGAUAAAGUCAAAAUUCGAGAAUUAAUUACCGAUUUAAUAUCAAACCCUGAAGAUUUCUGACAAGAAAAGACGAUUAUCUGACCAAGAAACAUCCUGAAACGUGGGUCAUUAUUAUUCAAGAAUUUCCACCUUCCCGUCACAUUAAUUAUUUAUAUAAACUAGUUUAUACCCAGGCAGCAUACGGGCGACAUAAAGCAGAGGCCACGUUUAAUCAAAACUUAUUGCAGAAAAAUGACAAAGAAUGAACUACAGGGGAGGAAUGUAAUUUUCGGUAAUGCAUUCAAUUUGAAAACUUCAUCGUAUUUAAAAAGUACAAUUGAAGGAAAAUGAAAGUCGAAACUGGAGUUAGAAAGGCCGGCUUGUACUGAACCGGGCAUUGGAUAGGUGACAAGACUGUCAAAGGCAAAUACUGGCAACCGAUGUUAGCUGAGCGCUCUUAGCUGUUAGCAGGUUAUGACACCUGGUUUCCUCGACAGGAAUUGACAAGUUUAUAAGAGAGGAAAAAGCCUUUUAAUCCUUUAAUCUUCCUGGCCCGGGGGGGGUCUUCAAGGUAAAAGUGAUAGGGAUGCUCGUCGGAAAGUUCGAAAAAUACCUCUAAAAAUACCUGCACGACCAAAAAUUGCUACCCUAAACAAUACCUUAGGAGCCUUAAAAUAUUUUUUUUGCUCGGAUACCCCCAAAGAAUACCUUAGGCCCGAUUUUGACCCCUAAAACAUACGAAGAGCAUCCCUAUCAAGUCGAUAUGGGAAGAACCCCCCCCCCCCCCCCUGGGCUUCCGGGAUUGACAUGUGAUUCCAUAGGCUUCGAUAAAUCAUAAGCGUAUUGAACUAUCAUUAGUUCAAAAAAGAUGUUGACAAGCUUGGAAGCAACUGCGCUGGCUGUGGUGUUUGGUGUGCUAGUGUUUGUCGAUCUUGUUGGAAACUCGCUGGUCUGCUAUGUGAUUCUUAAAAACCAUCACAUGCGAACUCCCAUGAACUAUCUUCUUGCUAAUCUAGCAGUUGCAGAUAUUCUGGUGGCAGUCUUUCUCACUCCUCAGUACAUCUUUCGCCGGUUGUUUUCUCAUCCUGCCGGAGUGGCUGGGGACUUCGUCUGCAAGUUUUUCACGGGAGGAUUUCUCACUUGGCUCGGUGGAGCGGCUUCAGCUUUUACUUUGGUGGCAAUAAGCUUUGAAAGGCACUACGUCGUCCAUCACAACCGCCACAUAACGUCUCGCAAGCUCAAAGCAGUCAUCGCCGCCAGCUGGGUGUAUGCCUUAGUGGUCGAGCUCCCGCCUGUGAUAGCCUACCAAUACAACAGCAUCGGCGACUUCUGUGUAGAGGCCUGGCCCUCUUCUACCUACCCCAAGGUGUACACAGUCAUCACUUUCCUUCUCGAUUUCGGCAUCCCAACAGCCCUGAUGACGUACUUCCACGCACGCGCAGUACAGACCCUCCGACAGCAGACAAAACACGUGACUAACCACAACUCUCAACAGUUUGCUGCACUCAACGCCAAAAAGCGUGUCACUAUCAUGGUUGUCAUAGUGACUGCAAUUUACAGUGCGUGUUGGCUUCCGGAUGUGACGUCAUACCUUUUAGCGUACUACCAUCCCGAGUUCCGGUAUGGCUCGGUUUUGUACCACACCGCGGUGGUGUUUGUUUGCGUCAGCUCUUGUGUCAACCCGUUUGUGUACAGUUGGCAGAGUGGAUCUUUCAGAAGGCAUCUCAAGAAGGCGAUUGGUUGGAAGCAGGGGAGUAAUCAGAUUACGACCACGACCCUACAAGAAGUUUGCAACCAAAGUCGAUCAUCUGCUCAAGGAAAAUCCUUAGGUCCAGCCAAUAACGAGUCCGUUUGAUAGAAUGUGGCGUCAAUCCCAGGUUUCUGUCUGUCAUUUCUUCUUGAGGUCAUAUUAACAUCGCCUCUUUAAAUUCAUAGUAAAGUAUAAUAACAGUAGCAUUAUACAUGUAAUAGUCCCAUUUACCGUUAAAAGCAUUUAGAGAACUAAGAUCGCAUCACUAUGUUAAGAGAAUGAUGUUUUUCAGUAUAAACAUAAGUCAUUUUGUUGUUAUUCCAUAUCUUCGAGUAGAUUCAUCGAUUUAUCACAUAAAUACAUAUGCGAUUCAAACACAUAAAUACAUAAGCGAUUCAAACACUGUCUGCAUUAUUAAAAAUUAAUUUUCGAGUUUAAA